CGAGCCGAAUUCGUCAGCAACUUGCUCCGAAAAUGUAGAGGAAGCCCAGUGUUUGAUUCCAAAAUUGAGAUACUUCAAUUUAAAUUUAAAGUUUGCGCUUUAAACUCUGUUUCAUUGAUAUGUUCUUAUGAUGGCCAAAUAAAUUUUUAAUAAGCCUAUCAAAAAGCUGUGUUGUGCCUUAGAAAGCCUAUGUAAUAAAUUAUUGGAAUUAUAAUAUUUUAAUGUCGCAAAAUUAAAAAUUCUUUAAAUCAUAAACAAAUUAGUAAACUUUUACUAACAUUUCAUUGGGAGAAAAUUAAUGAACUGGUGGUUAUUUUUAUGAAAUUUUAGUUGAUUAUAACAUAAGCCAAGAACGUCAAAUUUCAGAAAACUAGAUAACAGAUAACAGAUGAUAAGUUUAUUUGCGCGAGACAUGCGCCAUAUAGUCAGCUGGUCGGAGGCAAGACCGAAUGCCGAAGACAAAACUUUCUGCUCGCAUCAUUCUGCUCGCUAGCAGCCAAGUAUUAGCGCGUCUUGUCUUUCGUCCUCGAGCUCGGAAUUGCUUUUUUGCCGCUGCUAUUUGAUUUUAUUCCAUUUCAAUAACCAUCCUAGACGAUCAUCAUGAACGGAAAUUCAACGCCUAGAGUACUUUCCAUCCAGAGCCACGUUGUGUCUGGAUAUGUUGGCAAUAAAAGUGCUACUUUUCCAUUACAGCUUCUCGGUUUCGAGGUCGAUGUGAUUAACUCUGUUCAGUUAUCAAAUCACACUGGUUAUAAAGUUUUUAAAGGACAAGUACUGAACGAUAAAGAUUUAAGUUCGCUGGUGGAAGGAUUAGCUGAAAAUGAUUUGGAUAACUACACGCAUUUACUAACCGGCUAUGUUGGAUCUGGCUCAUUCUUAAAAAGGAUCGCUGAAGUAGUUAAAAGCUUAAAGCUAAAAAAUCCAAAAUUAACGUACGUAUGUGAUCCUGUAAUGGGUGACAAUGGUAAAAUGUAUGUCCCAGAAGAAUUGAUCGAAAUUUACAAGAAGGAAAUUGUCCCUCUUGCCGACAUCUUGACUCCUAAUCACUUUGAAGUCGAAACAUUACUAGGCAAAAAAAUUAACUCAAUGGAAGAAUUAAGACAGUCAAUAAAAGAACUUCACAGCCUUGGACCGAAAACGAUUGCUGUAUCUUCCACUGACAUUGAUGACAAACUAACGUCGAUUCUUAGCACAGAAGAUGGUAGUAAAGUAAUCAAAAUUGAUGUGCCACGUAUUCCAAGUUUGUACACCGGCACAGGAGAUUUGUAUGCUGCUUUAUUAUUGGCACGUUCUUAUUUGGAUGAUAAUAUAAAGGUUGCAUUUGAAAAUACCAUCAAUUCACUGCAUGAUGUUCUUCUGAAAACUUAUGAAUAUUCUACAGGAAUAAAAGAUACGAAUUUGCAGAGGGCAACUAAAAAUGAACUUCGCUUGAUUCAGAGCAAACGGUCGAUUGAAAAUCCACCGAAAAAACUAUUGGCAACUGAAUUUUAAGCUAAACUUGCUUUCUAAUCAUCCAUAUUACUUGAACCAAAAGAGAAUUAUGUUAUACAUGAUAAAUAAUAAGCAGUAUUCGUAUAUAUUAAACAUUUUAUACAUGAAAUUAUGUACAUGCUGCUUGGCUUUUUUGUAACAUUUUUUUUCAUCAAAUGCUGGACUCAUUUGAUUAUUUAUUUUGUUGAUUUGAUUUAUGAUAGAAAACUUUAGAAAUAUUUAUAAAAAAGUUUUUAUAUAAAAAGAGUAUUUAUUAUUUGUUUUCUUGAAUAUUAUAUUGAAAAAUGUUUGAAAAAAUGAAAUUAUAUGAACUUACUCGAAACUGCAUUUUAAUUAGUAAUCGUAAUUGAUACGUUGCAUUAACUUACUAUAUGUGCUCAGUAUAAGGUAAUUAUCACUGCUGAAUCCAUAGUGACCAAAUAUGUCUGUGUCUUCCAAUAUUGAUAAAUUUUAUGACCAUGCUCGUGAAUUCAUUAUAAUUUAUGAUAUAAGAAAUGCAAAUAAUAAAAAAUGAUCCUAUCUUCAAAAAAAGACUGCUGAUAAAUGCUGAAACGGUCUUAUAGCUUUAUAAAAUAUGAAAAAAAUAAUGUAUACCAUUUUGCAACAAUAAAUUUAAAGUGAAAAAAUA